CUAGGUUGAGCCUGCCGCUGCCUUGGCUACCAAGCUCCUCAGGUGGCAGCGCUUGCAGUCGGGCUACGGAGGCCGGGUUGCCAGAUUAUGGGAAAGCCAUUUAAGAAGCUCCUGGAGUAAUAUUAGUCAGAGUAAUAUAGGAUCUGCAGGAAGUGCCUCAAGAUAGUUGGAAAAGAAGAAUUUCUAGACUCUUCAUCAAGAUCUUCAUUUAUACAGCUGUUAAAUCCAAGGCUACUUUGGUGAAAGCAUGAAUAAAAAUACAUCUACUGUAGUAUCAUCCAGUCUACCUGAAAAGGAUCCUGCCUUUCAGAUGAUUACAAUUACCAAGGAAACAGGCCUUGGCCUGAAGAUACUAGGAGGAAUUAACCGGAAUGAAGGCCCAUUGGUAUAUAUUCAGGAAAUUAUUCCUGGAGGAGACUGUUAUAAGGAUGGUCGUUUGAAGCCAGGAGAUCAACUUGUCUCAGUCAACAAGGAAUCUAUGAUUGGUGUAUCAUUUGAAGAAGCAAAAAGCAUAAUUACCAGAGCCAAGUUGAGGUUAGAAUCUGCUUGGGAGAUAGCAUUCAUAAGACAAAAAUCUGACAACAUUCAGCCAGAAAAUCUGUCAUGUACAUCACUUAUAGAAGCUUCAGGAGAAUAUGGACCUCAGGCCUCAACAUUAAGUCUUUUUUCUUCUCCUCCUGAAAUACUAAUCCCAAAGACCUCAUCCACUCCCAAAACAAAUAAUGCCAUUUUACCUUCUUGUGAGACAAAAACUGGAUACAGCAAAACAGUACAGAUUCCAAUUACUUCAGAAAACAGUACUGUGGGUUUGUCUAAUACAGAUGUUGCUUCUGCCUGGACUGAAAAUUAUGGACUACAAGAAAAGAUCUCCCUAAAUCCCUCUGUUCGCUUUAAGGCAGAGAAACUGGAAAUGGCUCUAAAUUAUCUUGGUAUUCAGCCCACAAACGAACAACACCAAGCCCUGAGACAGCAAGUACAAGCAGACUCAAAAGGGACAGUGUCUUUUGGAGAUUUUGUCCAGGUUGCCAGAAACUUGUUUUGCUUGCAGUUGGAUGAAGUAAAUGUUGGUGCACAUGAAAUUUCCAAUAUAUUAGAUUCACAGCUUCUUCCCUGUGAUUCUUCAGAAGCAGAUGAAAUGGAAAGGCUCAAGCGUGAAAGAGAUGAUGCCUUGAAAGAAGUAAAUACACUUAAGGAAAAAUUAUUGGAAUCAGAUAAGCAAAGGAAACAAUUGACAGAAGAGCUCCAGAAUGUGAAACAAGAAGCCAAAGCUGUAGUUGAAGAAACAAGAGCCCUGCGUAGUCGGAUUCAUCUUGCUGAAGCUGCUCAGAGACAGGCACAUGGAAUGGAAAUGGACUAUGAAGAAGUGAUCCGUCUGUUAGAGGCCAAGAUUACAGAGCUAAAGGCUCAGCUUGCUGAUUAUUCUGACCAAAAUAAAGAAGGUGUUCAGGAUUUAAAAAAGAGAAUCAUGGUACUUGACUGCCAAUUACGAAAAUCAGAAAUGGCUCGAAAAACUUUUGAGGCAUCCACUGAAAAGCUUCUUCGUUUUGUAGAGGCUAUUCAAGAAGUAUUUUCUGAUAAUUCUACUCCUUUAUCAAAUUUAAGUGAAAGAAGAGCUGUGUUAGCUUCUCAGACUUCACUCACACCGCUGGGAAGGAAUGGACGUAACAUCCCAGCAACACUGGCACUUGAAUCUAAGGAACUUGUUAAAUCUGUUCGUGCCUUACUUGAUAUGGAUUGUUUACCUUAUGGGUGGGAGGAAGCUUACACAGCAGAUGGAAUCAAGUACUUCAUCAAUCAUGUAACACAGACUACAUCCUGGAUUCAUCCCGUGAUGAGUGUCCUGAAUCUAUCUCGCUCAGAAGAGAAUGAAGAGGAUUGCUCUCGAGAACUCCCCAACCAGAAAAGUUGAUGGUUUUCCUUAGGAAGUGGAGCUACAUGGAUGACGUGAGCAGAGACACAUAACAUCCAAUUCUGAGACGCAACAGUCUAAAAUAGGAGUAAAGCAUGCACUACUUGUUGAAGUGUGAAAUGGAGACUCUGGACUUUGGGUAUUUUUGUAAAACUUUUGAUAUUUCUGUAUACAUUUAAAAAAUCAAUUGCCACUACAGUAGUUCCUUAAGAAUAAUCUAGUUAUAUUUUUUGAAAUCACAUAUAAUUAGACUUUAUAAUAUAUAUACUUUUUCAUAUAUAAUUAGAUCUUUCUUUGUAAUUUCAUAUGUAGUUCUUCAUAGGGUCUCAGAUACAAUGGUUUUUAUAAUUGACAUAUUGAAAAAGUAUAUGAACAUAAUGAAACACCUCAUUUAUUUGAUAAUUCACUAACGUUUUAUAUUCAUAUAUUAGGAAAGUGAUCUUAGCAAGCUUUUUGGAAUUUAAGGAUCACAUUUAGAUAUCUCAUGAGCUGAUGAAUACAGCUGGUAUCUUUGUGGAGCUUUCUAAUUUACAAAAUGCUUUGUAGACCCCAUUUUCUUUAAACCAUACAACAUGCCUGUGAAGCUGAUCUGGUGGGUAUGUUUAUUCUUGGUUUUCAGUAGGGAAAUAGCAAUUCAGAGAGAGGAAUCUCCCUGUCCCAGCACCAAGACUCACUCCUGAGUCUUCUGAUUCCAUGAGCAGUCCCCCUUCCCCCACACCCUGCUGUCCCCACAGAGGGAGGUCACAGCCCAUCACUCAGGACACUGUGUUGAUGCAGCUGGCUUCACAGCUGUGCAUUCCACAGAGAUUCAGAAGGCACCUCUUCAGUCAAACGUGGCCCCUCUGUAACCCCACUAUUCUUCUCCUAUAAACCCUUCCCCCUUCUCUGCACCCAAGCCUUCACCAAGUAGGCACGCUCUUUGUGAUAUUGUUUCAACAGACUUCUUUCAGCAGCUCGUGUUUUUCUAAAGUGAAAGGCAUGGUUUGUCCUGCUUAGGUUGCCCUUCCCAGAGGGAUGGUUUGAGGGGAGCUGAUGAGAAGAGAGGUAUCUGUUAAAACAUUACUGCUCUACUCGAAACAAGAUGGAAGCCUAAAGCCCAAGUCAAGCAGCUCCCAGCACUGCUGUGCAGACCUAGCGGUCCUUAGAACAUAGUCUAAGAACCAUUUAUUGUAACCAUUUUAUAGAUGAGUAAACUGAGAUCCUAAGUCUCCUCGUCUACUGAAUUUCAUAUGGUGUGUAAUACAGAUUUAUAUGGUAAAGAUAUACAUUGUGCCGAACUAUACAUUCCUGAAUCCAUUUAGGGUUUAUGAUUUAUGUCUUGAGUAAUAAUAUAAAGUCAACUCCAGACUGAUAAGUAGUCAUUAGCCAUGAGAAAUGUUUCAGGAUGGCUAGAGAAGACUUGUGUUUUGCCUAUAAUUGUGAAAGUAGAAACUUUUUGUUUUUGUCAAAUUUCUCUCCCCCUGCUUGGAGAGUUUUCUAAUUCAUUUCUAGUGAGCGAAACAAAGAAGAUGCUUGAGUCACUGAAAUCAAAGUACUCAGGCACACAGCUCACUGACAAGAGACACCUCAUCCAUUAACUGCUGUUUUGUACCUCUUGCCUCCCUGUUUCUGUCAAAUACCUAGUGAAAAAGGCCUAAACAAUUGUAAUGAUAUUAUUUAUUGAGCAUUUUAUGCCAUACACAGUGAUGAGCAUUUUGCAUAUAUUUAUUUAUGAUCUUCUUAAAACCAUUCCAUAAAAUAGGAACUGUAAUUAUCCCCAAUUCUAAAAGAAAAAACUUAGGUUUAGGGAGUUAGUAAUCUUUGCCUAAGGGUCACAAAGCACCUAUGUAUAGAAACUAGGGUUCAAGGCAGAUCUGUGAUUCCAGAAGCCGUUCUCUAAACCACUAUGCAGAACUGCUUAGAUUCAUUGUCUAUGGGUACAUUUUAUAAAAAGGCAGAUUCUAGUUCAGUGUCAUAAGGAACUUUCUAAUAGUUAGAGCUGAUAAGAAAAGAAUUCCCCAGGAGAAAAUGGAAGCACUGUCCCAGCAGGUUUCAGUCAGUCUGAAUUCCUUACUUGGGGAAUGUUGCUGAGGAGGUUCAGUGUGUGAAUGGACUGAACCGGUUGGCCACUCUCUCAGAUUCCCUCUUCAUAAAGCUUCCGUGACCUCUAAACCAUCAGGUUGGUGCCAUAAGAGAUGCUCAGAAAAACAUGGUCAGGGCUUAGCAAGAAUCCUUUUCCAAUGCAAAUAGGACCCUCACGUUAUGUUUUGGUGAGUAGCCAGUCUUUCUUUAGCAUCAAUCAACCGUAGUAACGUGGUCAUCACGAAGUCUUCAUUGACUCACUGGCUUGGAUUUUAGGGUUAGAAAAUCUGAAUGUUCUUAUGUCCUUCCAUCUCACUUUACUAGAGUACCCAAAUUGAGUCAUCCUUACUUACUCACUCAUUCCCUCAAAAUAUUUACUGAGCACCAACAAUGUCACAAGCACUGUGCUAAACACUGUGGUGAAGUAGAACAAUUGCUAAUCAUUUCCUGGGUUCCACUUACUCUCUCUCUUCUUUUUUUUUUUUUUUGAGACGGAGUCUCGCUCUGUCACCCAGGCUGGAAGCUCUGCCUCCCAGGUUCACGCCAUUCUCCUGCCUCAGCCUCUCCGAGUAGCUGGGAUUACAGGUGCCCGCCACAGCGCCAGGCUAAUUUUUUAUAUUUUUAGUAGAGAUGGGGUUUCACUGUGGUCUCGAUCUCCUGACCUCGUGAUCCGCCCGCCUCCACCUCCCACAGUGCUGGGAUUACAAGCGUGAGCCACCACGCCCAGCCCCACUUACUCUUGAUUUAAAAAAAAAAAAAACAACAAAAGAGUUUUUGUGUGGCCAGGACUAAACAGCUGCUUCUUAAUUUUUGAAUUUUAAAACUAAUCUAUUUUAUUUAAAAAAAAAGCAAGUACUAUGGAAGUGAAUAAAGUAAGAGAUAGCCCAUCUCACUUUCCAGAGGUAGCAGUCACUAAUACUGUGGUGAGUGACUUUGCUCAAAGGAAAUCGCACUAUUAAGCUGCUUGGUUUUGACAUAUUAUGUUGUGGUCAUCUUUUCAUGUCAAUACAUAGAUUAAUCUUUUAUUUCAAAUGUCUACAUAAAAUAUCACUACCCACAUAACCCAUAAUUUGUGUGGCCAGCAAUUUAUUGAACACUAAAACGUUUUAAGUUUUCUUAUUGCUAACAAUGUCACAGUGAACAUUUAUGUAUUCAUUAAAUCCUUUUCCUCAUGUAUUUUUGCACUCUUGUGCUAGUAUGUCUAUAGUGUGAAUACAUUCAUAAAUUUCUUGAUCAAAGCUAGGUCAAAGUUACAUUCAUUUUAAUUUUGGUAUAUAUUCAUAAAUCCUCCAUAAAAGUAGGACCAACUUACAUUACCACCAGUAGUGUAUGUGAGCCUUAUUUUUAUGUAUGAUAGGACUUUUUUUAGUCCAAAUGUUCCGAUAGAUUUUCUGGGUUUUUUUUGUCCUUGAAAGAAUAACCUUCCUUCCAUCAAGUCCAAGAACCUGAGAUUUUUAAUCAUUAGGUUUUAGAUUUCCUUUAGCAGCAGAGACUGACUUGCUGUAUAGAGGGAAGUCUAGUAGUGACUAACUCACUAUAUGUCAAAUACAUCAUUACUCUUCUCUUUUCCUACUUAACAUGUAAUGGUUGCAAGGACCAACUUUUAAAUGAGCUAACUUGGGUGAGAUGUUCAGUGAAGUACCAAGCACAAUACAAAUGCAUCUUCGAGUUCUUUGGGCCUCACUUUCCCUAUCUGAAUAAUAAGGAUAGUAAUCCCUUGCCUUUUCCCAAACCAGUUCAACUCAGCAAACACUUCCUGAGCACCUACUACAUGCCAGGCAAAAUGUGAAAUUUGCAUGCUAUGAGGCUAAAUGGUACUGAUUCUCAAAACAAGGAGCUCAUAGUCUAAAAUCAUUUUUCUUUCUUUUUUUUCUCCUAAAAAACCUCUUAAAGGGGUAAGAAGUUAGGGGGUUGUUUAUUAAGAACCCCUGAAGAGCAACCCUUUAUCACUCUCUUAAAUUUGAAUAAUUCCAAAAUAAUAUUAGGACCUCUUGACUAGAAAAGGAAAAAAAGGAACAUGCCGUAUGAAGCACCUCUCCAAUAAUAAAUGCAAAGCAGCUGUCAAAAUAUGGAGUCAAAUGAUACUUUCAUGAAGUGUUUGCACAAUUAGAAAAUGUUAUCCUUUUUCUCAGGAGAAAUGGGACAUUUUUAUUUUCUCUGCUAAGUGAAAUGCAACUUUCUAAAGAAUCAACAUGCUUGACAUUUUUACAAUGUGCAUAAAGAACUGAACUAUUAUUAAAACAACUUACACACUCUAUUGCUUAUAACUUUUGAGAGAAUGAAAAGAACCUUAAACAGAAUGUGCCUGUGGAGCUUCGCUUUAGAAAUGAAAUACCCAAGGUGUUUUAACUACAACUGUCUACAUGUAAUAGUGUGUCUGCAUAAUGAUUUUGUAAAUAUUAACUGCAAUUCUGUAUUUGCUUUCUUGAUAUGACUUUUAACAUUUAAACUUGUACUGUU